GAAAGGAUCCAACACGUCAACCCAUCGGCCACGCCACGCAACAAGAACAGGAACAAGAACACGAACACGAGCUGCCAAAAAGAUUAGAUUUCCCCUCGAUACUCUUAUUUCUUUGCCGAAUCCGCCCUCUCCGCCGGCCAGUCCUCUCCUCCGUCCCUCCAUCGCUCCGCCCGAUCUGAACCCCUCAGACCCGCCUGAUCAGAUGGCGUCCAGCACCGGCGCCGGCAGCAAGAUCCGCAACGCCAAGCUGGUCCUUCUCGGUGAUGUCGGCACCGGCAAGUCCAGCCUGGUGCUCCGGUUCGUCAAGGGCCAGUUCGUCGAGUUCCAGGAGUCGACCAUUGGCGCCGCCUUCUUCUCGCAGACCCUGGCCGUGAACGACGAGACGGUCAAGUUCGAGAUCUGGGACACGGCCGGGCAGGAGCGCUACCACAGCCUCGCGCCAAUGUACUACCGCGGCGCCGCUGCUGCUGUCGUCGUCUACGACAUCACCAACGCGGCCUCUUUUACACGUGCAAAGAAAUGGGUUCAAGAACUUCAAGCACAAGGAAAUCCGAACACAGUAAUGGCUCUUGCUGGGAACAAGGCUGAUAUGUUAGAGGCAAGGCAGGUGCCAGUUGAAGAAGCAAAGACUUAUGCUCAAGAGAAUGGACUCUUCUUCAUGGAAACAUCUGCUAAAACAGCAGCCAAUGUGAACGAUGUGUUUUACGAGAUCGCGAAGAGAUUGCUCCAGGGACAGCAGUCCCAGAACCCGCAGGCAGGGAUGGUCCUCUCGCAGAGACCAACUGAGAGGAUGGUGAGCAGUUCAUCGUGCUGCUCGUCGUAAAAUGUCCUGAAGAGACCGCUGCCAGGGACAGCUAACGGCCUUUGAAAUCCACAGAAAAUGUAUAUGCGCCGCAGAUGAUGAUGAUGAUUGCGAAAAAUGUGUAUCCCUGCUUGCUACAGUUCUAGCCCUUGUUUCUUGUCAUGUUCGUUCUGUAAAUGUGAAUAGUAGAAUGUUUCUGCUGCAGAUAUUCAGAUAUGUUACUACAGUGCA